AUGGGACCCUCGUCGUUCCCAUCUCAUCUCCUAUCCCACCUCUCAUACGCUCAAACAGGUACCGACUCGGCCACCGAUGCCUUAGAAGAAUGGAUAUUGCAUCGUAGGUCAAAAGGAGAUACUCUUUUCGACGUAUCGGUGGGACUGGCAGAGUUAGAAGAUAAGACACCACCACACCUGACAGCUGCGUUCGACCGAGCCAGAUAUGUCACAAAUGUUCCUCAACCGACCGAUCUUACUCCUCCAAUGGGUCCAUUCCCACUGUCUAGAUCGGCCUCUCCAUCCACCAUCUUGCAUCACCUUUUAUCCCAACCUCCCCCUUCAAUCGAACAUUCACGAGAAGUUAUCCUCGAAUAUGUCUUAGCUCGUGAGAUGAAGCUGAGGGAUAAGAAACCUGGCAAAGGCGGAAAGGGUACAUUAGGUAGAGACGGAUUUGAGGAGAUUGGGAAACGUUUAGGCGAGAUUGAGGCUGGUCUACGAGGAGAGUCUACCAAUGGGAUGAGCCCCAAACAGAACAUCGCAAAUAUAUCAUCGUCUUCCAGAGAUGCUUACCCUACACCUACGACCGAAAAUGACCUGACGCUGGAUGAAAACCAGCAAAUUGGUUUGACUCUGGUCCUCUCGCUACGAAUGUCAUUGUCCUAUUUUACCCUGCAAGAACUUGCCAACCAACUUCUUCUUCUUGCGCUAGCAGAUGCUGAGAGGACCCUGGUCCAACAUAUCAGACGUAGAAUUGCCGGAGAAGGAAGAUGGGGCGUCGGAAAAGAGCUGGAAUAUGUGGAAGCAUUGACUCUUCCUCGAAGGCCCGCUUUGAGACCAGCGUUCCGAUCUGCCAAAGCUCGAACUCAGCUACCGGUCAAACCACUCUAUCCCAUUCAGCUCCCUGCACCUUCCAAGUCGUCCUGCAUCAAGUUAAUACAAAACCUCGUCAAAGAAUUGGAAGCUGGAGGUCCUCUUGCAGGCGCUGGAUACGUCUCUUCCCAUGUGCCAUCGAGUCUCACCAGUCCAGGACCAGCUACCUAUUCACCUUCCGCCGAGAGAUCACAUUUACUGUCGAAGAAGGGCACUGCUAGUCCAACAACAAACUCGGUGUUCUUGGGAGGCAGUCCCCAAACACCUAAUUCUUCCCUUCCGCCCCCUCUGCACUCACCCGGAAAUAGAGCAACUCAGGCAGAUACCAACAUCCUUGCAAAUUAUACAAUGGAGUUAAUCUCGGAAUUCAUCACGAGGGAGAAGAGGGAGCAUAUACUCAAGAGCAAAUGGGCGAAAUCGGGAAGAGAGCAAUUAGGAAAGGAAGUAGGAGAGAUUGAAUCGGCUUUGUGUAUGGCUUCCAAAAGCAAUCCUUCCACUCUAGCAUCCACCCUCAUCCCCAUCUUCCUUCUUCUCCGACGUACUUUCGCUCUACCUCGAUCGCCCCUUCCACCGACUAUCACCGAACCAUACCUCGACAUCCUGCCAGCCCCUCCUGACCCAGAUGAUGUGCCUUUCCGAGAACCAACUGUCCAGACGACCACCGCUUCGUUGUAUGUCAAUCCUCGUUUAGACGAUUCCGCAGCAGCGGUGGUCCUAGAAGAGCUUGUGGAGUUUGAAAAGGAGAAUGCACAAAGUGCUGGAGGAUCGCGUGAGGAAACGGUUGGAUGGCUUAUAGAUCUGAUAGAUAGCGUGCAGAAGAGAUUCCCUGAUGGAUCUUAUGAGGGUGUCUUUGCUACGAUGAAGGAUCAAAUUGCAAGGCCAACGGAAACAUCUCCCCCAGCAAAUCAUGCCAUCUCAUUCGCCAAACAACCUUCCAUACAUCGUCGAGCGAAAUCAUCAGCUGUCACCCCAUCUUCCGACUUUGGCAGUCCGACAACGCUCACUACACCUCAAAGCAUCGCUUCACGUCAGCAGCACUCGCGAUCGCUAAGUAUGCCCAAUCGUCAAAGUACUUACGACGAGGAAACAGACAGUAGUAGCGAAUCCGACUCAGACAUGUCACCUGCUCAGGUUCAGAUACAACAACGACCUGCAGUGCUCACUUCGGUCAAGCAACUACCACCGUUACAGAUGCUCAGUCCGAUUGAGAUGGAUGACAAAAGGUCCAGUGCAGGUGGAUCAGGAGGCGGUUGGUGGGAUAUAGUUUCAGCAAUGGACAAUGAUAACCCUGCUCCCUGGCAAGAGAAUCAUCCAAUUCCUCAAAGACAGAGAACAUCGAGCGGUGCAGCAAGUCUCGACUUGCCGUUACCUCCUGGGGCGGAACCUGCCCAAAUACUCGAUUUCAGCGCACCAAUGCUUACUGGAAUGGACAACCUCGAUUUAAGUCCUAGUCCCAAUCCCAAACCUAUCCCACAGCGCUCUCCACCCACUACGUCUCCCGGUCAACGAUCUAAGACCAUGGAUCAGAUGUCAAGAAAUGAUUUAGCUUAUUCUCCAUUGAGGAAGAACGGACCCAACAGCGCUGCAGGUUAUUUCCCUACUGAAAGACUCCUACCCCCUCCACUUCGUUAUGAUACUCCAUCGGCCGUAUCUAACCGUUCGGUCAGUGCGUCUUCCACUCCUGUUCAGAGUAACCCCUCCGUCUCUCCUGCAACUACAACUGCUCCCUCUCGAUCGAAACUUGGAGUGAUAGGCAGGUCCAUGUCGCUCAUGCAUAAGAAAGAGAAGGAAAAAGAUAAGGACAAAGAUAAAGAUAAGGAGAAUGAGAAAGAGAAAUCUGGAGGAGGUAAAAAAUCAAAAGUUCAAAAUGAUCCUGGUAAAUGGGAUAGAAGUAUGGUCGCGAGCAUCAUGGGUGCGCCAGCGGAUAGGAGAUAG